AUGUCGUAUAAUAGGAUCGCCAGGGGGGAUUUGACAGGGGCAUUUUUUGCGGCGCUGGGCCACAUGUUGUUGAAUGUUGCACGGGCAUGGGCUGGAGCUGAGAGACAUUGCGACAGAAAUGCCCCGUCCAACUAUCAGAGUAGCGCCCACACAUUAGCCGUGGACAUUGGCUGGCUCAUCACCGUUACCGGAGGUUUCAUGCAACGCCGCCGCACCCAGAUCAGCGGGUCAGCGCCGAGCAAAUGCAUGGAAUUUACCCUGUUCCAUGGACCAAGGGUUCGCACGAGUGAAUUGCCGAAGGAAUGUAACCUUAAGUCCGGUUGCAACCCGAAGCGCAACCUCCAAUGGUUAAGCGAGGUGACGACGGUCCAAGUCGUCAGUUUGGCGCUGCAUCUCGCUGCCGCAUUUGAUCUCUGGCAUACUGUGGCGACGAGGCGGUCUGCCGACAAUAGCUGCAAAAGCGAGUCAGAGACGGGAACAACAUGCGAUCUUUAUGGCCCGGGCUCCGAAGAUAAAGUCACGGCCAAACGGGAGAGAACACAUGAACCGUAA